AUGCCUGCUGCCUGUGAUGCAGUGCUUGAAGAUAUUGAAGAUAUUGUGUCAGCAGAAGAUUUGAAACCAAAUGAUCGGCAGUUUGUAAGAAAGAAUGUUUUUCCAAAAGUGCGAAAACGCAAUUCACAAAAAAAUAUUCAGACAGAUGAUGAUCCCCCAAGUGACAGUAUUAUUCCUGGUGCUCAGAAAAUCUGGAUUCGUACGUGGGGGUGUUCUCACAAUAAUUCGGAUGGUGAAUAUAUGGCUGGACAGCUGGCUGCAUAUGGAUACAAAAUUACAGUGCAUGGUGUUCCAGAAGCUACUUCUGGCUUGUCAAGAUUUGGAUGGCUGUCCUGUGCUUUUGGAAUUUUAUUGGGAGAAAUGCUGUUAAUGAAGCUGGAACUGAGUGCAAGUAUUGCAAAGCUGAGUGUAAUUUCUAUUUCUGUCUUCAUUGCCUACUUGGGUUAUGUUCGUGUAAGCCUGCUGAAGACGGUUUACAUGCAAAAGCCCUGCACCUUCCGGGCUGAGGCUCGGUGCUGCGUGGGUAGGAGCCCGCAGGCGGCAGCCUUGGCUAAUGAGCGCUGGGCUGGGGCACUGCUGCUCACUGCCCUGCUUGGGGAGCGCUCCGGCUCCCUGUCAGUCAGGGGGGCGCUUAGCCUCUUCGUUACUGUUGAGCUGUAUUACUGA